UCCGUGGCUUCCAACCCCAAGCCCCCCACCUUGCAUGCGGCCCCCGGGCUGCAGGAGCCAGGGCCACGCACCAUGGGCACCAAGCAGACCAAGGGUUGCCAGCCGGGCAGCGCUGGGGAGAGCCCCCCGGCCCACCACCGCAAGAAAGUACCCCCCAGGGAAAGGGGGGAUUUCCUCGCCUCCCUCGUGGUGAAGUCCGGCGAGAAGUUUGGGAAGGGUGGUGGCAGCAGCUUGCCCCCUUACCACCGGCGGAUCUGCAUGAUCCAGGACAUGCUGGUGCUGGUGAAGCAGGGGAAGCAGGAGGAGGCCACCGAGCUGCUGAGGCACCUGCGGCAGGAUUUGGGAAUGGAGUCAACCUCUCUGGAUGAUGUCCUCUAUCGAUAUGCCAGCUUUCGAAACCUGGUGGAUCCAAUCACUCAUGACUUGAUCAUCAGCCUUGCUAGAUACAUCCACUGCCCCAAACCGGAGGGGGACUCCCUCGGGGCCAUGGAGAAGCUUUGCCGGCAGCUCACCUACCACCUCAGCCCCCACUCGCAGUGGAGACGCCAAGGCAUCAUGAAGAGGAAACCGCAGUCCUGCUUGAAAGCUGUCCUGAUGGGGAAGCCUCAGGACAACACAGUGGACUUGUCAGGCAUCCCGCUGACGCUGAAAGACUUGGACCGUGUCACAUCCUACCUCCAGCACAGCUCGGAGCACAUUGACACGGUGGAGCUGUGCUUCACGGAGCUGACUGACGACAUGCUGCUGCAGCUGCUGCCAGCGCUCUGCGUGCUGCCCCACCUUACCACCCUCUCCCUCAAUGGCAACCGGCUCACCAAAGCCAUCCUAAGGGACCUCACCGAAACCCUGAAGGACCCCAAGAAGUUCCCCAGCAUCACCUGGAUUGACCUUGGCAACAACGUGGACAUCUUCUCCUUGCCACAACCCUUCUUGGUCAGCCUAAAGAGGCGAUGCCCAAAGCAAGGCAACUUGCCAACCAUUCUGGAGUUUGGCGAGGGCCAGGUAAGCGAUUUGGAGAGCCAAGAUGGCCUGGCCGAGAGCCAGGAGGACCUGCAAGCUGGACCAGGCAAGACUGACAACAUAAGCUUGCAGCAGAUGAACAGAACAGUUGAGGCUGGGGAAGUCCCCAACUCAGAGCAAGGUGCUGCAACGCCGCAGACAUGAUGUCCGGCUCUGUGGCUCUUGGGUGUGCGCGUUGAGCAAGGAUGACUGAAAACAGAGACCUCAGCAUCGGAGGUCCUGGCGGAGGGUCAGUUCACGUGGUGGGAUGCUUCGGGAGCCUGGACUGCUGCCUUCCUCCCAUACGAUGAAUGUCAACUUUUUUCUUUUCAAAGAACACAUAAAGGUGAUCGUGUUGAAUACUUGUAUUUUGUAAAAGCCAGACAGGUAUUUUUAAACAUUAGUGACGUGCUAUGCUUUUAACCUUUCAAAAAUGCAUCUCCAAAGUGGUGUAAUACAAGGCCCUUAGAAGAGCACAAAAGGGGAGAAGAAAGGUGCCCAGACUCUGCAGGGAAAGGCUCCCCUUCCUUAGCGCUGGGUCUGGGCAGACCCCAGCUGCUCUCCCACGCACAACGGACAGGCAGCAGUCGCCCCAAAGAGGACGGCCGCUGAGAUAAACCUUAAAUCCUUUCCAAUCCUGACUUCAGGAGUUGCUGAUGAAUAGCAUAGCUGCUGAGAUACAACUAAAGUCGGAUCACACGCUAACCAGGGGUGUUUCUCUUAAUAUUGUGAGCCAGCCCAAAGGGAGAGCUUUGCUUUCCUGGUGCAAAGCUAAAUCCCAGCCCGCAGCGUGCCUGGACGCCGCUCUCGCCCUCCAGCCUUACCAAAAUCAGGCUGGCACUUGUGCCUGCCCAGUAUUUAUUCAGAUGUAAAAUCCAGUUUCCCCAUCAGCCAUGCUGCUGUAAUAACUCCAGAGCUUUUAAUGUGGUACUUGGACCUUGCACCAGCAACACUGGGAGCAUUUGAUCCAUUUUGGAGCGAUCUGCAAAAUCUGGAGCCGGGGCUCAGGUCAGGCUCAUUGCCGUUGCUGACAAAAGAGACCACAGUGCUGAAGGUUUAUAAAAGAAAAAAUAAUCCCAGGGUUCAUCCCUGUAUCACUGCCACUGAGGGCUGGGCAAACACAGCCAGCUGGAGACUUAAAGCCUCAGAAAGGCUGUUGGGUCACUUGGCUGCAUCCACCGCCCCGCAGACCAGAAGUGCUUUGUUUCUAAAGUGUUGUUUUGGCUUUUACUAAGAGACGUGAUUUUGAUUUUAUUUUAUUUUUGAUGGAAAAUGGAUCAUCCCAGAGCAGCAGCGCUGGAACGUGCACUUUGGCUUUUGAACCAGAAUUUCCUUUGAUCCUAAACCUGGGGGAGGGCAGGAAAGUGUGAAAAACUUCCUCGCCCUUACGUUCAAAGGACCAGACGUGACUCCCUUUGCUAAGAGGGAGCCCCUUUCUAUCGGUUCAGAGCGCUUCACCCAACCAGCUUUACAGCAUCGCUUUCCUGGCUCACAGCAGCAACUCUCGGGCUUUGCUUUUUCCGGGUGCAAACGCAGUCAGACUUUUGGUCAUCUCUUUGGCUCUCUUCAUUUAUCACUGCACCGGGAAGCUUUUCCCAGAGGGGCUUCCCACUGUCGGUGGUUGUUUCUCCUCUGUACACAAGUAGGUAACUUAGAAGAAACUCUGCUACUCAUUUUAAUACAUUUGGCAACGUUCAGUAUGAUUUGCAUGUA